AUGGCAUCACCUCCGAUAACACAAAACCAUAAUAAAGAUGCUAGCUCGAGUACACUAUCUGAAAUUCAAGCCGAUCAUCAUGCACGCCAAUUUGAUAUAAAAGUCGUACGAGAUGCAUUUGUUAAUUGCAUUCAACCAGAUAAUACACUUCUUCUUUCCGAAUAUGUUCGUGCUUAUGAUGAACUAUGCAUCUUUGUCGCUUCUCUUGGUCAUGUUUUUGAAUGGGCUAUAAAAGAUCUGAGUAGUAAAUUAAUUAUUCUUCAAGAAUACCAACGAAUAGAUCCAGUCAAUUAUGAAUCAAUACAAUCUAUGAUUGCUUAUGAAGUUAAAUCUGAACGAGUUAAAACAAGAGAUACAAAUAUACAAGUUCAAUCAGGAAAAGUUUUACCCAACGGCUGUCGAACAUUAUUAAGAUUGCAUCGAGCACUUGGCUUUAUUUCAUCAUUUCUAAGUCAAAUGCGUAUAGCACCUGAUGAUGCAAGCUCAGCAUCCAUUGCUUGGAAUGCUUAUUCAGCAACGCUUGGACAUUUUCAUUCAUGGGUUAUUAGACAGACGAUACAUGCUGCAAUUACGUUGACAGUUCCUAACCGUCAGACAUUACUCAAUAAAUUACUAAUUAACCGAAGUCACGACGAAAUCGACACAUUCUGCGUUGAUAUUGUACAAUCGUGCAAUAAAGUCGAAAGUAUUACACAAGAACUGUAUGAAUUAAACGACUUAACUAGGCUACCAUAA